GUGGGCUGUAGGAGGAGGCUCUAUUUAUUAAUCAUUAUUGUUAUUACUGUUAUUGAAUAUUAUUCGUGUUAAUGUGGUUACUAACUAGGAAAAUCAUCGAUUAAUAUUAUAAUGAAGCGUUUGUUAUGGUUUCAGUAACCGGUCAGUCAGUUGCGCGUCUUUGUUAUAUAAACGGCCAGAUUUCAGUGAUGAGACGUCGGACGUCUGUCAUGGUAUUUUCUUUCCGGCUGUCUUCGGCAUUAUGGACGUCGCCUGACAGCGCUUUACAGACAUAAGGGCAGCACUAGAAACUGCAAUGAAACACAGCGACAGGGAGGUGUCUGAGAGAGAAGUGUAGAGUCAGAUAACUGGACGCUCCGCGCGGAACAACAGUCUGCGAAUCUGACAGAUACGAGAAGUGCAGCGAAGCUCUCGGUGCCCUCGGGUGCACUGUGUCCCUGUUGGUCUGGAUCAGGAGGCAAGAAGCAGCUGAAUUAUCUCACGGCAGCACACUGUCAACAUUUCCAAAUGCAUUGAAACGGAAGAGAAAAGCUUGCUUGCGUUAACCAAAGCAGUUUGCCCGUGAUCGAAUUAGACUGCACAAAAAGCUCCUUGAUGACAGGCAAAGGCUGUGCCACGUCACUAAAACGCUAAAUCAAGCCACGGGAUGGAGUGGUCUUUAGAGCGGAUGAGGGAAUGGGUGGCAGGUGGCAUGCAGUCGGUGCGAGAGUGUGAGUCCAGUGCUCUAGGCACUGCUCUUUGUCUCGCCCUUCUGUUUAUCUGGUACUGCUACCGUGUUGGAUGCGAGCACACCGCACCUUCGCUCCAUGGUGCUUUCAGCCCCGAGCCGCGUGGCGGGGCCGUUCCUGGUGGAGUUCUCUCCUCGGACCUCUCGGCCGGCGGAGGCUCAUCGAAACUCCGUCAGGUCAGCGGGGUUGGAGGAAGCAGUGCCAGCGAGAAAGAACUCAAUGGCUUCGCCUACUGUCAGUCGCCUGAGUGCUUCCGUUGUGCCAAACCCGGCGAGGGUCUGAACCAGCGGCUCUACCAUAGUCUGCAGGAGUACGCCAAGCGCUAUACCUGGGCCGGUAUGGGCCGUGUGCACAAGGGCGUACGUGAGCAAGGCCGAUAUCUGCUCUGCAGCCGCCCGUCUAUCCAAAAACCCGAGGUCUUCUUUCUGCCGGACCUUCCAUCUGCUCCUUUCUUCUCACGGGAGGCGCAGAAGCAUGAUGUGGAGCUCCUGGAAAGAAGUUUUCCCGCCCUCCUGGCUGAAUUUGAGAGUGUGUACCGGUCCAGUCGGACCAGCUCUUCUCUUCCACUGGGCUGGAAGGCCAACAGCACACCUCGUGGCCAGUGGUGGACCUUCUAUCUGGUGAACCAGGGUACUCCGAUGGUGCUGAACGCCAGGCGCUGUCCACGCACGUGGAGGGUCCUCGGACAGCUCCGUACCUUUAUUGCGAAUAAUGUGUUUGGAAACGCCUGCUUCUCGGUGCUCAGUCCCGGAGCCAUCAUCACUGAGCACUACGGGCCAACCAAUGUACGCCUGCGCUGCCACCUUGGAUUGAAGGUGCCCUCUGGUUGUGAGUUGGUAGUAGGUGGAGAACCGCAGUGCUGGUCUGAGGGAAGCUGCCUGCUGUUCGAUGACUCUUUUCUUCACACUGCUUUCCAUGAUGGUUCUCCAGAAGAUGGCCCGAGAGUGGUAUUCAUGGUGGAUCUGUGGCAUCCAAACGUGGCCGCAGCCGAGAGACAGGCACUGGACUACAUCUUCACCCCUGGACGCUGAAAGAGAGCCGUAAAGAGAAAAGCGUCAACGAUUUCCAUUUGUAUUAACAGUAUGAGUGCAAAGGGAAAGACAAGAGUGUGGAGAACAUAAGUCUCUUCUUCUAGCAUAUGUACCUUUACUCUCACUUUCCCUAUUGGCACUGCUUCAGUAGAGACUUCAAUGUACCGUCACUAUUGUACAUUAUCAGUGUUUACAGACCUCUUCAAAUCCAACCAUAGCAAAAACCUGCUGGUGAACUGUGCUUGAGACAAAGCCCUAGUGUUCAUGUUGUUCCUACAGUUUAGCUGCAGGGUCACAUUUAUACCCAGUGAGGUUCAUAGAAUAAUUUCACCUAAAGCAUCGACAGUCAAGCACACAUGGAAAUGCACUUUUUGCCAAGCCUGGUCACUACAUCCAGGUAGGAUUGUAUAGGAAGUACAGUACAUUGUUUGGUCUGUACAUUUUACUGAGGUUAGGCUUACAGAAGCUAAGCUAAACAGUCGUAAAGCGACAUAUGCUGCAAUGACAGGGGAUUUGACAUUUACAGUGAAGGAAUGUGGAUAUAUGGCAGAGAUGUUAUUCGAAGUGAGCAGAAGCACUACCAGCUAUCAUGUAAAAUGACCUCCAUUAAACGCACUAGUGGCAAGUUAUUUUGCCACAACACCUUAGUCAGGGUUGGAUCGCUCCGAUCGGGAAGAAUACGAGCACAUCAAAUCAGCCUGAUUUCCACUUUACUCUUUCCUACCCUGAAUUUCCGAAUCAAAUCGAAACGCAUUAUCAAUCGCUUUGUAUCUCUGUGAAACUUAAAGAGGGACACAACGCUUAUUGUGUUUGGAAACACAGCGUUCUGGGUGUUAAUAUGUGCUAGGUUCUACCUUAUUGUGCUUUGUCGUACUGCUUGGAAGCAGAGCUUUCGUGGUUGUCGCAUUGAUAUUGGUACAUUCCUUUUGUAAGCCGGCAGACAGUUUUGAGACCGUUUCGUGAGAUGUGACAUUUUCUAUCAUUGUAAGACUUUUGGAGUUGCAGAUCAAUUUUAUGAGAAUGUUCCUACUUCCAUGUUUCCAAAUUGUGUGCCAUGGACUCACUUUGCAAUGGAUGAGUAAUUCUGUAGAUUUAAUAAAGAAUUGAUUUAA